CCGAACAAAAAACACAAUUAACAGAAAAGGCGAAAGAAUUCACGGAAUUCGCCAACACAGGAAAGCCGGUGCAUGAACUGAGAAUAAGGCAGCAACAGAGAAAAAAGAAAGAAAUACAGAAUAAAGCCCAAAAAGCACUAUGGUUCUUGGAAUCGUUCGGCUUCCGCCUAACAUCAAUGGAUGUUACGUGCACAGCAACCGCUGAGAAUGUGUCGGUGACCUUCGACAAGGAGAACAUUGCAGAACCAAACGCAGCAAACACAGCAGCAACAAUUGAAGACCGUUAUGAAAAACUCAGUGAACAGUCCAAAACCGAUAUCAAAAAGGUUCUCUUCCUUUUAGAUAAAUUUUCAGGCAGUGAUGAACUGUAUCACGAAUUUACACAGUUGUACAACAAUAUGCCACGGUCAUACAUGGUUGCCCAUUAUCGACGAAGAAUGAAUGCCUCAUAUGAUAUCCUGAGCCUGCCUGAACCAUUUGAGGGAACAAGAAUGGAGUUAGCCCCAUUAUUGGCUGAUGACAUAUGUCGUCUGUUUGCGGCUGCCAACAUUGAGGAGCCAAGCAAUGAAACCGUGACGGUGAAGAUCAGUGGUGAUGGAGCACAGUUUUCCAGCACAUCAAGCUUUGUAUUGAUGACGUACUGCAUUCUCUUCGGUGCUACAAAUACUCAGGCAAGUAGCAGCCAUAUGAGUUUCGCUGCCCUCAAAGGCUCGGAGACGUACGAGACAUUGAGGGACGGGUUCAAGGAUGUGUGGACGGAAAUCAAUGCCCUUAUCAAGGACCCGACAGUGAAAGUUGGAGAUAAAACUGUUCGGCUGAACAUAGUCUUUGCAGCGGAUUACAAGUUUCUCUUGCUCACAAUGGGCAUGAACAAGGCAUCCGCCCGCUAUGCGUGUGUGUGGUGCAAGGUGGCUGACAAAGACCGACAUGACAUGACAAAAGACAUCAGUUUCUACAACACCGGACCAAUGGCAAGGACGCAUACUGACAUGACAACACUUUACAAGGAGAAGACAACAGACAAACGACUAGGAAGCCACCAAGCACCACUACUCACCAUUGACUUGACAAAUGUCGUAUUGGAUGAGCUGCACUUGCUGCUACGUGUCGUGGAUAGACUACUUGGCUGCAUAAUCUGCACUGCGCAGGCGGAGGAUCAAAAACAAGGCGAAAAAAAGCAGUUGGGCACUAAGGUUAAAUGCAUAAUGGCAACCAUCAAAGAACACGUAUACACUCCAUUCAAGAUAUGGUUAAAAAAGAACGAGAAUGGUCAGGACACUUCAAGUCUGGACUGGACCAGUAUCGAUGGCUGCAUCAAAAAGAAACUCCUCGACCGGCUGCCGGAGCACUUCCCCACAUUUAUGGAUGCAGAAACAGCAGUGGCAGUGAAGGUAUGGUUCCCAUGUGCCUGUAUUAGAGAUCGAAAGUAUCGUCUUAAAUUCUAGCCUACUGUAAUUAACUGAAAUGCUAUACCAGUAAGAGACAUUUAGUGGCAUGACGUUUCGGAAACUUUGAAGCUGGACUGUAUAUCUUUCUAAUUAACGCUCAAACCCACAACAUCCAAGCAGUCCUUGGCCACCUGGAUUGUAAUUUGGAUAAAAUCAGUUUUUGUGGUGUAGCCAAGGACUAUUUCUGUGUUGCGGGUGGGACGUUAAUUAAAUUCCAUAACAAUUAUGUAUUAAUGUGCGUCUUUGAUUUUGUAACAUGAAUACCUAGGUUGCAAAAUGCGGUGGUGGUGCUAACAUUUAUGGGAAACCUAAAACUUGAAAUACUCUGAAUGAAUGAUGUGUAUGUUAUUUUCCUGCUUGCCUUCCUGUAGGACUUGUGGAUAAAUUUCAUUAGUGUCCAUGACCAACUGUGCAAACAUGGCUCUACCGCAACUGACACGUCCACAAGCGCAAAGGCGUUUAUUAAUAAAUUUACGGCUCUGGGUCCGGUACACCAGUCAUACUUCAAAGCCAGAGUCACUCCGUAUAUGCACGCGAUGGCGUAUCACGCCCCAGGAAUGGCUGAAAAAUAUGGAAGUCUGAAGCUGUUCUCGGGACAGGGCGUAGAGAAAAACAAUUCGGACAGCAAAAGUUUCUACAGAAGCUGCAAUCGCCAUCAUGCCGCAGUCGAAUGGAUGCAAUUACCACCCGUGAGGCUCGCACUCACGCACGUACGCACACACACACACACACGUGCACUCACACACACAUAAUAUACACACACUAUCUUUCUCUGCCUCUGUCUCUCUCUCUUUCUCUCUCUUUCUGGCCUCGUCACCUUCACAUUUAAUUGGCGAUCACACCAGUUGAGACAUGCACUUCACGCUGACCCAUCAUCACCUGACUUGAGAUCUUGCAAGUUGAGACAUUUGUUUUAGGCUAUUACCUGGCGUGCGAUAUUGUGGGUAGGUUCUGUUUUUGUUUCUGAAUAUGUGACAUUAUCUUCAAUGUUAGUCUCAAUUCUUAGCACUAGUUAUGAUGUUCCUGGUAUAUUGCCACGUUAUUGUUAUUACCUUUUUUUCUGUAGUUAUAUUGUUGUUUUGUUCACAGGAGUCACAUAUCCCUGAAGAUGCCCUCUUGGGCAAAAAUUUGGAAAGGAGUUUGAAGUUUGGUUUUGAGAGAUUUGGAGAGACUUUGAUUUUUUUUUUUUAGCCAAGGACUUUGUGCGGCCGUGGGCGGUGAAAGAAAAUUAGAAAUCAUGACAAGGCUACAGAGGAGUUACGCCAUCCUUAUUAUAAUAAUAAUAAUUAUAUCUAGGGUUUCCAUUAUUAUUUGCCAUGGCGACCCCCGUAAGUCCACAUAAAUGGCAGGGCAGGGUUAGGCCUUUUUUCUUUUUCUGCGAGUCU